UGUUGAUGGGAGCUCCAAGAGCGUCGUGACAGCAGCGGAGUCUGCUCUCGUUUGAUCCAUCGACAGUCUGUUUCCACGCGACCUAUCUAGAAGACUUGGUCAGCGCAGACUGCGCCGGGUUGCCACACUACAGAAGAGGCCCUCGUCCCCAGACAACCUUCCUAUGCUGUUUACGGACAGCUCUCCAGCUACGCUCCACUAAAGAUUCCGCCGGCGCUUUGAGGCGCAGAGAGCACAAUGGCGUUCAGUGUUCCAUACGAAUCGAGUCCGCCAUCGACUCCCAACAGAUCACGAGGUGUUUCCUCGAACGCUUCGACGACUCCUGCUGGGGUUCCACCGUCCUCAGCGCACUCCUUCACUCCGCAGGGCCCUCCGCCGUCGACAAUCUUUGGCAGUUCACAGCCGAGUCGAAGGUCGAAGCUGAACUUUUCAGAAUCCGCGUUCAGUCAAUCGGGUUUCAACGGCGGUGAUAGCAUCAUGGAUUCGUCGUUCGCAUCCUCCAAUUACCCGAUGCCACGAACAAAGAAGGCGGGCGCUGGCAAGCCGUUUGCUGCGUCGCAGUCUCUGUUCGGCACAACCAACGGCACCCAGUUUGGUGACUCAAUGGACUUUGGAAACAGGAGUGGAUACAGCUCACAGUUUAGUCGAGGUCCAGAGGAGUAUGAGGACUACGAAGACUACGACGAAGAGGACGACGGUGGCAUGGACGUCGAAAACACAAAUAAUAUCUCCGAGGACCGCUUCGGGUUCUUUGGCUCAACCUACAGCACUACAGGGCCUGGUAACACGGCGCCACUUGGUCAACGGAAAUCGAUUUACUCUAACCCUAACAACGCGAAGCGCGCGAAGCUGGACGAACGAUGGGCAAACCCACCAGCACCAGCCAGCAAGCCCAAGCUUGCGCCGAGGAAAAAGGACUCAACUAUCCCGUCGAUAGUGCGCGAUUUGGCCACUAGGACCCAGAAGGCGAUGGUGUCUGAACCGAGCGAUAUGAUCAUUGAGACAGAAGACGAGGUAUGUCGGAUGUACGACAAAGUGCGCCAGUCGGAGUUCAAGGAGGUCGACUUUCAGGCAGCACUAUCGGAAGCGUCGACGGAACUAGCGGAUAUAUGGUACGAGUGCGCAGAGAGGGAGAGCAAGACACAGCGGCCGUAUAAUGCAGCUAGUGGCAUUGGGCCCGGCGAGAAUGCUCCUGGAGUCGCGAAGGCCAGUUUCUUGGGUUCCUUGCUCCUCCAGCUUCACCAUCCACCGCUGGUGGAUGCCAAUCUGGGAGGCAGCAAAGGCUCUGCCGUACGCGCGACAGCUCGAAGUCUGGUUUUGUCCGGUCCCAGCGCGAAGACAUACGAACCCGUCCCCAAAGUGCUGCUGGAUUGGUUGAACGACUUCCACCCUCCUCAGACGGGCGACAUACAGACUUUGCAAAAUGUCAGUCCAAAUCCUACGGCAUCUCCGAGUUUCUGGGAGGUUGUCCAGGCUUCUGUCCUGCGGGGUUUCCACUCCGAAGUGGUUGCGGUUCUACGGUCUGCGGAUUUUAAUUACGCCAGAUCUGCAUUAGAGGAUGGAUUGACCCAAGCUGGUUACCGUGGAGCCCAGCUUCAGAAUGUUCAGAAGACUGUCAACAAAGCGAUUCAGAUUCUGGAUGCUUCGCCUCUUGUGCAGCAAGAUGACUGGGACAUCAAGGGAGAAGAAUGGACGUCCUAUAGGAAGCGCGUUGUUAAUGCUCUAGCUGAGCUCGAAGAGUUUGCUGAGGGCCAGGACCAACCGCCUCCACCACUUCCAAUUCCCACAACUCGCUUCCAGGCGAUCAAUUUCGGUAUGGGGCAAGAUACGAGCCGGAGACUAGGUGGUUACCCCUCGUUUUCCCAGUCGGCCCGUAUGGCUGAGAGUCGUGUGCCUUGGACAAUUUAUCAGAAUCUGAAAGCUUUAUACGGAAUCCUUCUUGGUGACUCGACUGCCAUUAUGGCGCAGUCUCAAGACUGGGUGGAAGCCACGAUUGGGCUCACGGUCUGGUGGGACGGUGAAGAUGACAGUGAGAUUAUCAGCCAGAAAGACAUCGAUGCCAGCACGUCCAGCGCGAAGCGUUCACGUACGAAAUCGCAUUCACACGUGCCCCGCUCCGUAGAUGCCAAUCCCGAGGACGCCUACCUUCGUCGCCUUGACUAUACGUUUUCCUGCGUUACGAAUGAUGAAAUACAAGGAGAAGCUGCAUUCCGUCUGAACUCCUUGAACAGCCUUGAGGUUGGUCUAGCAUCGAUUUUCGAGGGCAAUGUCGAAGGUGUUCUCGGGUUGCUGCAGCUCUGGUCCUUGUGCGUAGCUUCUGCGGUAGCAGAAAUUGCCUCUGUGGGCGGCUGGCUCGACACUGCGGCUGGAGGAAAGCCGUUGCCAGGGCUUUUGAGUGAGAACGAUCUAAUGGUCCUUUCUUACGGUCAAGAUGGAAACGCGGCUACUCGUCGUCUUCAAAAGGACGAUAUCCUCGUGCUCUACGCUGAAGGACUGUUUGGUCGCCAGCGCUUUGAACACCAGGAUGAUGUACGGGACGGAUGGGAGGUUUCCUUGGAGAUCCUUAGCCGACUUGAUGACGCCGAUACCAUGCAGAAGAAGGUUUCAGAGAUACUUGACAGGAUACCACUUGACACAGCGGAGCAAAUGGACAAGGUGGUCUUGCUGUGCACCGAGCUUGGUCUAGAUAAUGAAGGGAGAAGAGUAUCUGAGAGAUACGGAGACCGUGUCGCCUCCGAAUCCGAAGAAUACGGCCUAGCACUUGUCUGCUACGCUCGUGCUCAUUCCUCUCGUAAAGUCAAAUCCGUCCUUGACCUUUUGACAUCAUAUUCCCUCGUGCAGUCCCGUGCCUACCCGGCCGCAGCAGAUUUGGACGAGCAGUUGAGAUCUCUGAUCAGUGAGCCCAAGACCUGUUUGUCAGCUAUUGCAGCUGUCGACAAUGAAGCCGCCCGCAUCCUGCAGUUCUACUUCAGUGGUUACGCCACAUUACGUCGGUUCUACGAUAUCCGUGAUGAAGAGAUUGACCUGAAAGAGGGCGAGAAGCCUAAGCACAAGCCGCUGGCAAGGAAACGAGCUGCAGCGGAUGCUUUGGUUGCAGUCAUCCGCAGUGCAGCCGACAGUAUCUACGGCGGACUGUAUGAUCCGGACCGAGAUUCAGCCGUGCAAGUGGACGGCCUGCUCGCGCUGCUAGGAGAGGCAUUGAUUUUUGUGGACCAACCAACCGCCCUUCUUACACUUUCUCAGCAAUCCACCAUUCUCUCUGCCGUCGAAGAUCUUGAAACCGUCACUCCGCGGGUCUACGCCCAGUGUGAAGAAUGCUUCCGCUCGACCCUCGUGCACUAUCACUCCUACGAACGGUCCUCUACAUCAGGAAGUGACUCCUCUGCCUCCUUCGUCCUGCCACCCUCCCCACGAACACUGUUCAAGAAAUCCGUCUCCAACGCGACAGCCUCGAGCGGGUUCUCCCUCAUCGGCAACGAAAUGCUUGGAUCUCACUCCCGCUCGCGCUCCGGCUCCGGCUCCGGCUCCGGCAUUCUCGUCCCUCGACCAGGCCAGAAAUCCGAGACCGUCCAGAGAGGAUGGGACUGGCGCGCCGGAUUACCCGAAGAUGCAAAGGGCUCUGAUAUUCUCCGUAUUCUCCGUCUUGGCUUAGCCCGCGGUUUGAGUUUCGGCGCGUUGGGAUCGGUCGUCUCAUCAUGACUUACUUGUAUGAUCAUUGAGCAUUGUUCAAGCUGUGAUAUCUGCAAUGUUUUAUGUGUGCCUCUCAUAUGAUCGUGUUCUUUUUUUUUAUAUUUUAUUUCUGCACUGUAACUGGACUAGUCUGGAGCGAUCUGAUAUCACAUUACAUUGCAAGAGAAAAGAGAGGGAGAAGAGAAGAGAAGAGAAGAGA